AUGGGGACCUAUGGGCAGACAGUCAGACAAAGAGGAAUAAAGCAGAAGCAGUCUGGGAGCGAGACUAUUAAAAAAGGAGAGGAGAAACUAAAAAAUUUCCCUCGUCGGGGAAGGAUUUAUAUAGUUGGACGCAGACGAGGCGGGCCCAGCGAGUUACCGGGGGAAGAGUCAGGACGGCCCCCCUUCGUGACGGCAGGCAGACUCAUGAUUGCACCAUGGCCACUGCGUGGUUUCCAUUUCCAGGCACCGCGCCAGGGUCACGCUUGGCUGGGGUGGAGCUGCCCAGAAAUUUUCAUCCCCAAUAACUCGUUACUAGUAGUGACUUGGUUGAACCUUCCCUCUUUCUGCAUUCUGCGGUUAUGCGCGCGCUACUCCAUCAUCACCGCUGCUUUCAGCCCUGCAAAUUUUCACCCCGUUAGGGCGGCACCCAAAACGUGCAACAUUUACAGCCAAUCAUUGCUCACCCGCCCCUCUUUAAACCAAAUUUCUGUGCGAUCAUCUGACAUGCACGGCGCCAAUCCAAGGCGUGGCGAAACGGCUGGCUCUGGUGGUUUCCUGGGGGUAAUGGAAAUUGCUGAGUCGGUCACGCGUCAUCGGCCAACACAUUGCGUGCGGCCUGUUCUGAUUCUAUUUGGGUCGAUCCUGGUGAAUGAGGGGGAAGACUCUCGCAAUUUCGCCAUCAAUAAUAGCAAUAAUUCGGUGUAUCCAAGGGGCUAUGGUAUGCUUGGGCCCGGGGCUGAGUUGAUGCUGCUUCCUUGGUCUUGGAUGUACAAAUUCGUUGUCCACUUGCACCAUCCCUUCUACUAUCCCGUAAUGCCCAAUAUUCAAGGCAAGCCCUCGUGGCUUCACCGUCAGCCGGUCAACCGGUAA